AUGUUGAUGGACAUGCCCUAUCGUUCGAAAGCUACAUCCACGGCAAAGGCGUAUCGAGAAGGAGAAGAACCUUCCAAAAAACGAGUCGUCCUUCCUACCAGAGAUGUUGGGAAUUCCGUGUUCCGUGUUCCGCGUUUUUUUCAAUAUUUUUUCCGUGUUCCGUGUUCCGUGUUCCGUAGAAAUAAGUUUUUUUCCGUUUUCCGUGUUCCGUGUUCCGUAUAAACUAUAUUUUCCGCGGAAAAAUUCGAUCACAAAUUUUAUUUUUUUCAUUAUUAUUUUCAAAUUCCCCCUUGUUUUAGCAUCCCAUUAUCUCUCUGUUCCAUCUACUCCCUCGGAAUCGGAGAGGCUUUUCAGUUUUUCUGGUUUGGUUUGCUCGCCUCGUAGAUCAAAUUUAUCUCCGGAAAGAUUAGGACAAUUGACGUUUUGUGGUCAAAAUUUGAACAUUUUCGGAUUCGGACCAUAUUCGUGAAAAGUGGAUUCCAUUUUCAGUCGUUUUUUACUGUAGUUGUUUACUGUUGUGUUGUUGGUUUUGUUAUUUUUAUGAAAUUUUCAGUAAAACUUUCACAUGAGUCAAACAGCUGCCUUGUCAGUCAGUUAAUCGAAUUAAACAAAACAUUAUUUUUUUAAAAAUCACUGGAAUUCUCUUGAAAACGCUUUUUUCCGUGUUCCGUUAAAAAAAAAAUUUCCGUGUUCCGUAGAAUUAAGUUUUUUCCGUUUUCCGUGUUCCGUGUUCCGUAAAAAAAAAAUUUCCGUGUUCCGUAGAAAUAAGUUUUUUCCGUUUUCCGUGUUCCGUGUUCCGUAAAAAAAAAUUUCCGUUUUCCGUGUUCCGUGUUCCGUAGAGUAAAAUUUUUAUUCCCAACAUCUCUGCUUCCUACUAUACUUGCUCGAAAGGGCGACGGAAAUCGGAAGCAGCGCUCUGGCGAGGAUCUCGGCGGCCUAUCAAGCGGUGAACGACGGGAUCUCAAGGAUCGGAGCGACCUUUGUGGCGGACGUCAUAAAGGCGAAGCGCAGGCUGGAGUGCCCCGUGAAGAAGAAGCCGAUAGAGGUGACGAUCGAGGACGUCGAGAAGAUCACGCAGAUCGCGAUGCAAUCCAACAGCCCCACGUGCGACAGAGAUGCCUUGUUGGCAAUUUUGUCGUUCCACGUGAUGCUUCGAGCUUCAGAGGCGGAGGAGAUCAGAUGGGACGACGUCAUUCAGUCAGGAGAUCUGAUCGAAGUAGUCGUGAAGAGAACCAAAAACGACCAGAUGGGGCUGGGAAGAUCGUCGUUCUUCCACUACACGCCGGGCAGCGACGCAGACAUCCUGAUGUGCCGGUGGCGAUUGAGGAAUAAAAAGAGGACGUGCGAAUACGUGUUCUCAAACGCGGAUGGCUCGAGAAGGCUCACGGAGCAAUCGAUUUCGGCGGCGGCGACGAAGAUGCUCAAGUUGGUCGGGAAAGCAGGAGCGACUCAUCACGGAUUCCGGAGAGGAGGAGCCAACCACUUGCGAGCACAAGGGCACUCGUUGGAGGAGAUCCGUACGAGAGGGCGUUGGAGAUCCAUGACAGGCCUUCAAAGAUAUCUGAAGGACAUCCCGGAGGCGCAAGGAUGCAAGUCGACGAUGCGAACGCGUGGAGGUCUGGAGGAACUCGAGGAGUCCGACGAGGAAUAA